AUGGCCGGACAUGGUGCUUACUUCUCUCUCAUUGGAGUACUGGUUGCCCUCAUCCCAUUGAAAUAUGGAACUGUCUCUGUGUUUCAAACACACCAUGUUAUCAUAGCCAUGUUCUUUGUUUCUGUGCUUGUCUAUGUUUUAGCGAGUGCAUGUGAAGUUAUUCUUGGAGCUGCUCAGUUGCGAUCAAUUGCUGCCAGCACCAGUCUUCUAGCCAAAAUUCUUGCCCUUGUUCUACUAAUGAUAAUCCUUGACCCAAAAAUGGGGUGGUUGCUGAUGUUCUUAUGGACCUUGUUGUUUAUAUGGAGGGUAUAUACUUCACGUGAGGAAUUGUCGCAAUUGUGUGAAUCUCUAUACAAUGCAGUCCUCCAAGCAGGUGAGCGUCUAUACAAUGCAGUUCUCCAGGCAUAUGGGCGUCAUGGCAUGGCAGAAGAGCCAAAUGUGGUGCAAAUUGAGCCUGUGUACGCAAAAGCUGGGGAUAUUUUCAGAAAAAAAUAUGCAAGGGCUUUGUUUGAGGAAGUUCCAUGGUCGGCAAUUUGGUCUGUCUUAGAAUCUGGAGCCUAG